AUCAUUCUUCUUUCACCAACAACAACACACUUCAUUUAUUUCCUUCUUUUUUUCCUCAUCUCUUUCUCUAUUUUCCUUCUUCCUUUAUGAUUAUAGAUAUAGAUGAACAACAACAUAAAAAAAAAAACAUCAUCGUUUUUAGUGUUUACAAAUAGAAAUCUAAUUCAUACAUAGUUGAGUUCCUGUUUCUGUUUGGUUCUGAAGAUUGAUGACAAACACCCCUUUUACUUGGAAACCUAAGACAAAGCGAAGAAGAACAGGACAAGGGUAGUAACCAAAUCACUCUUUACCUUUUUUUUUGGGUGAAAAAAAAUGGAAGUUUUUGUGGGUCCUACUUUCACCAUUGACGUUCCUUCAUCUCCGCCACCUUCCAACCAGUCCGACGGUCGCCACCUCUUCUUCACCGGCGGUGUUUCAUCGGAGCCGGAGAGUUCAUCGUCGAUCGGAACUCCUGAUGACAGUGACAACGAUGAGGAAGUACAGAGCAAGUUGAACUUGAAAGGAAGAAAUGGGUUGGGUUCGUUGGAUUCUUUAGAAGACUCUCUCCCCAUCAAGAGGGGAUUAUCGAGUCAUUUUGAAGGAAAAUCAAAGUCAUUCACAGAUCUAUCACAAGUAAGCAAUUUGAAUGAAUUGCAAAAGCAAGAGAGUCCUUUUAACAAAAGAAGAAGGGUUCUAAUUGCAUCCAAAUUUUCAAGAAAAUCAUCUUUCUAUUCUUGGUCAAAUCCUCAAUCCAUGCCACUUUUGCCUGUAAAUGAGGAUCGUGAUGAUUAUGAUGAUGUUUAUUAUGAUUAUGAAGAUGAGGAAAAGGCUAGAAAAAUGCCAUCUGGUUCAUCAUCUUCAUCUUCCUCUAAUUCCUUGGCUGAUGAUAAGAAACAAGAAGACCAGGUUCAGAUUGGUCAUGGUAGAAUGCAUGAAUCCUAUGCUGCUGAAAUGAGACUUAGACUUAGAAGCUUCAAGUCAAGGAGUUAUUCUCUUGCAGAUCUACAAGAACAUGAUGAUGAGGAAGAUGAUGAUUAACUAAUUAACAUUAACAUAGAGUUCUUUUUUUAUUCUUUUGUUGUUGAAAUAAAAUUUAUAGUAUUCACUACUAAGUUACUACUGAAUUGAAUAAUUAACAACUUGUAUCUUUCUUUUUAUUUUUUGGCCAAGACUUAAAAAAUGAAAUUUGCUAGUAAGGAAGUAUAUUCCCUGCAUAUCUUGUUGUGGGACUACCAAAGUAAUGAAAGCUUCAUAAUAAUCGACAAUUUAUUUUUGUUUCUUUUUUUGA